UUGACACCCGUAUGUUGCAAGGGAGAGGACCAGCCUACUCUUUUCUGUGAUCUGUACGUCGAACCCCGAGACUUAGUCAAUGAUUGAAAAUGUCGGAUUUAGAAGUUGAUAGUACUUCAAAAUCACUGGUAGCUUCUUGGUUUGGGGUGAACACUCUCACCGAAACUACGGAGAAUGAUUUAGAAAAAAAGAAUGAUAUUGAUCUCAGCUUUGGAAAAACAUCCCAAAAAAAUAGGAAAAAAGAAAAUGAUGAAGAUGGAAAAGUGACAAAGUUUACCCAAACUAACCAUGUGCCCUUUAAAUUCAGCAACAAUGAUUUACAGGUUUUCACGUUGGGUUUACCACAGAAGAAAACAAUAUCUGGUUUUGUUGGGGAUAAACUAAAGAAAAAGCUGACCAAAUUAAAACAUAGACAAGAAAAUAUUGAGAAAGAAGAAAUGGAGAAAAAGUUUCUCAAGGAUGACAGUUUAGAAGAAAAAUAUCAGAAACGAAAGAAAAAUAAAAAGAUGAGGUCAUCUAAUGAUGAAGAAUCUUGUUCCAAAAUAAAGAUGGUUGGAAACACAAAGAAAAAAGAAAUAGCAAUGGACAUUGUGUACUCUGCAGAUGCUUUGAGAAAGAUGUUAUUUGAAAAUAAUAAUCUUACAAAAAAUCAAAAGAAAAAUCUCAAGAAAAAGCUGCAUAGAUUUAUUAUAAAAGAGGAAAUUGGGAAAAAUGGUUUCGAUUCAUCUAUUAAUAUGGAUGCUAAAACAGAUGAACCUCAGAUCACUGAAAAAGGAAACAAGGAAAAACAACAUGAAAAUGGUGGGAAAAAAAUUAGUGGAAAAUUUGAAAAUAGAGAGAACGUAUUGAAAACAACUGAUGGUGAAGGUUUUUCGGCUGAUGUUAGCAAAAAUAUUAAAAAGGGAAAGAAAAAAAUGUUGAUUGGAAGUCAUGAAAAUCAGUCUGAAACUGUGCAUAAAAAGAAAGCGAAGAAAAGAAAAGAGGUCCUUCCAUAUUUAAAUGAUACAUCAGUUUCACCCAUGUCUAUAACUGCAAAAAUCCCAGAAAUUCAGACACCAAGUAAAAAUUUAAAGCAUACCAAAUGUUGCUGUGAAUUUUCAGCAGACCAGACAGAAUUGAAACAAAACAAACAUAGCUUAAAAAGAAAAUGCGAGAAAGAAAUUAACACAUUGACAAGUGACAUAAAACAAAUUGAUGAUGGCCAGAAAGUGAAAAGCAAGGAUAGAAUAAAUAAUGAAUUGAAUUGCAAAGCUUUAUGGAGUGAAUCCUUAAAUACUACAGAUAAUACAGGUGGAUUUUGUAAUGUGAAAUUACACAAAAAGAGGAAAACAAUUAAAGAUCAGGAAAACAAUCUGCACAAUGGAUGUGAAGUUAGAAAUGACAUAAAUAACUAUGGAAUGGUUAAUAAUCAAGAUGGAGAAAAAAUGAGUAGACCAAUUAACAACGAAUAUAAAGAUAAUAGUAAACAUGAAGAGUUAACAGAUAUAACAUGUUCAGAGGAAACAACCAGUCAAGAUGAGAAGUAUAGCAUUGAUAAAAAAGGCAGUUACAUAAGAAAAGAGGAAGAGGAAUAUUAUAUACCUAAGAAAAGAAAAAAACAUAAAACAAGAAGUAAACAGAAGAAUAUCAAGAAAGAUCAUAGACCGGAACACAUGAAACCAGCCUAUUUGCAGAUGUUGAGAGGAGAUGAAGAAAAAAUAAUGGUUAAAACUUUAUCAUAACAAUUUUGAUUUGAAUUAAAGAUAGUGAAAACAAUA